AUUUAUUAUUAUUUCCAACUUUUUUUUUCUCCCCUGUUGUUGUCGUUUUUCAUUACUAAAGCCAUUGAUCGAUCGAUCGUUGGCUGAUAAACGGCUUGUUUGUCGCAAACAAAUAAACAUAAAUCAACAAUAAUAAAUGUGAAAGACGCCUGGCAAAAAAACGCAUAAAAAAUUGCAUUGAAAGUCUUUUGGCUUUUUUUUUUAACUCUUAAGCUUCUUUAAACAAUAAAACGUUGAGAGUUUACUACAAAAAAAAAAAAAAAAAAAAAAAACAGCAAAAAAGAAUAAUAAAAAAAAAAAUAAAAAAUCAGCAGACGAACAAGCCAAACAAAGAAGAUUUGAAUAUUAAUGGCAACUUUCUAACUUUUCGUACUUUUCAUUGGCUCGUAAAGUUAAAGUCAAAGCGGCAAGCAGUCAGCUGCAGUAACAGUGCGCGUGUUGGAAUUUUUUGUCACCUGUGCGCCGUGCGGAUAGAGUUAGCCAAAAAUUGUUGUAACGAAUUGGGUCAGUGGAUGAUUGUCGGUUUCGGUUGGCACAAGGCUCUUCAAGGCUCAGAUUCCAUUGAGUUAAGAAUUCGAAGGUAUUGUUUUGUGUUUCUCUUUUCGGUUUUUGUGGUCUCGUUUGUUCCUAAUACAAUAAAAUUUAUUUUACACGUGCACACAACCGUUAGUUAGUCGGUGGAGUUGGAAUAGCAUGUGAAUGCAUAAAAGGCAUAUUAACUUUCCCAGCACACAUAAACAUACAAUCAAGAGCUGUAGCCAUUAGCGCUUAGGAGGAGUGAGCGAGAGAGCAGAGCAGAGUUAAAGAGUAAAGAGAAGAGAAAUCAGCAGCAUACCAGCCACAAGGGCCUACGCAAACAGUUACGUAAACGAACACGCACCGUAAUAAACGAAAUUCCAGAAACAUGUUGGCCACCGCCACAGCAACAACAACAGCAUUAACAACAAACAAGGCAGAAAAAACACCAACAGCAACUAUACCAAGCAGGACAACAAUGUCUACAACUGGCGCAACAAUGACAACCAACGGUAUCUUGAUAACAACAAAAGCAAUAACAAGAAGUGAUACAACAAUAACAACAAUAGCGGCAGCAAAUAAAAAAAUACAACAAGUCGCACCAAUGACAAAAACAAAAGCUAUCUAUUCUGAGUCAUCAGCAUCAGCAGUAGCAACACAACCUCACACAACACCAAAACCAACAACAAUUACCUCAGAUCCAGGCAUUUUAUGCUUUCAUCAUUGCAAUGUAAAAGUUUUCUGCUUCCAUCUGCCCCACCGUUGCCCCAAAUGCAAACAAGUAUUAGACACGGGCAUUGAUGAUGCUCCUGCUGCUGCUGCUGCUGGCAGCGAUGACGAUGCUGACGGCAAGGCUCGCGACAAUGUGGAUGAGUCUGACUAUGUUCGUGGUAAUAAGGAAUUGGUUAGCCAUGGCGCGGGCGCUGGGCGUACCCGUGGGUGCCGCGGUGGUGGUGGUCGGAGUAGUACGUUUCUUGGUGCUUCCAUCAGCACACGCUUGUUGCCGUUUCGCUUGCCUUAUCCGUUCAUACGUGCCUCGCAAUAUCCCUGUGCGAUUGUUUUGCGUCCAACCACAGGCGAUUUCCUCAAUGACUACAACAACUCAACCGAUUUACAUAUUGCCGUAACAACCUCAACCGGUUGUGUUGUGGAAUUCGAUCGGCAUGGCUUGCGGCGACACCGGGCCGAUAAUACACGCAUGUCCUCCGAAUGGUGGCAAUGUCUGCUGGUGGGCGAUGUGCCGGAGCCGUGGUAUGACUAUUGGGAUGAUAUAUUGCGGCAGAUUUGUAAUCAGCCCGAUCGCUGGACCGUAUCCCAUUACCAGGAGGAUACCCACAAUUGCUACACCUUCGUAUUGGCAUUUCUGCAGGCGCUCGCCUAUGAUAAGCUCAGCGCUGCAGCUGGUUCGAAAACGAGCUUCUGUGAGAAAUAUAUAGUUCCUAGGACCACGACGGCAGGCAAAUAUAUAUCCUUGUAUCGCAAGUUGCGUGAUACGGGCAUUUAUGUACAUCUGCAUCAACAGCAACAGCAGCAGCAACAACAACUACACAACCAAAGGUUUAAGCAACAACAAAAACAACAACACUACUAUAACAUACAGCACAACCAGCAUCUACAGCUGAAAUACGUGGCACGUGGCAAGUCGAGAAUGAAUGGACACUUCAAUGGCGUUGGCGGUGUUGUCGGUGGCUCCGCACUGCUGGCUAAUGGCAAUAAGGCAACCAGUAUCAUUUUACGUGCACCUAAUCUUUGCACCAUCGAAGAAUGAGAGUGAAAAAGGCACUCGCAAUGAGAGUUCACUACCACAGUCACUAACUCACAGGCAUACACACACACUCACACAUAUAUAUAUCUAUAUUCACCUCCUCCACUAAGUCAUGCUCAUUUAUUUCAGUCAGUCAGUCAUUCAUUCAUUCCAUUCACUUAUGUACUUAGGAGGUCGACAGUAACCAUGUGUAAACCAAUUAAUUGAAUUUGCUGCGCUGAGGGCGCGGAAGGCAAGUAGGCAGUGGUGUAUUGUUGGAUCCCAUUUACAAGCAAGAAUACAAUAAAAAGAAAACACAAAAAGAGAAGCAACAACAGCCUCACCCUCAGCCUGAUUAGCGCUUAGAGUAGCUCAGCCCACACUUCUAUACGUAUACCUGUGUAAAUGUGGUCUACUCGUGCAGGCAAUCCCCUUCAUGUCCUUCUUUCUAAGCAAAAAAUGUUCCUCAGUGUUCCAACUUAGUAUUGUAAAUACAUAUUCUACAA